CGCCCCUGCCGUCCUCGCUCAAUUACAACGGCACCCAGUGUUUUGUUGGAUUCGUAGCUUCUGUUUCUAGAACCCCACGGCUCCCCUCCUCCGGAGUAGUGACGCGCCCUGCCGUCUGAUCUCGUGCGAAAGAUGCCUAGCCGUAUAAAAACUCUGAAGAAGUCUUCCAUGAUUCCGGCCUCUCGGUCAACCAACCCUCGAGCCCGCCAUCCUUGACCAGAAACAGUUGGCCCUUUUAUACCCGGUUCUCCAUAACCUCACCAUCUCCUUCGAUAUCGCCUCCAUUUCCUCGCAGCCAAAAAGCAACGCUAAUUUCUCCGGCCACCGUAACGUUAGCGUUUCGGAGAGACACGGCGAGAGAGAAGGAUGCCUCCGUUUUCGGGCAGGUUGCCCUCCUCGGCCGGGCUUAACCCGAAGCGGCCGGAGCCCAGCAUCGUGACCCUUAACGUCGGCGGGCAGCUCUUCCAGACCACCCCCCAAACCCUCUCCCUCGCCGGCCCCAAAUCCCUCCUCUCCUCCCUCCCCUGCUCUUCCUCCUCUCCUUCCGAGAUCCCCUUCAUCGACCGCGACCCCCAGCUCUUCUCCCUCCUCUUAUCUCUCCUCCGCACCGGCCGCCUCCCUUCCUCCUCCGCCGCCUUUGACCUCGACGACCUCCUCGCCGAGGCCCGCUUCUACGGCCUCGACGCCGACCUCCUCCUCUCCCCGCUCUCUGAUCCUUCCCUCUUCGACCCCUUCGCCCUCCGCCGCUCCCUCGCCCUCCCCCUCCCCGGCCGCGACCCCCCCUCCGCCCUCUCCGCCGCCCCCUCCGGCUCCCUCCUCGUCGCCCACGGAAGCAAGAUCACCGCCUUCGACCCCGCCCUCCGCCGCCGCGCCACCGUCCUCACCCGCUUCCCCGCCGUCGACUCCCUCCUCGCCCUCUCCCCCUCCCUCGCCGCCGCCGGCGCCACCGACUUCCCCGGCCUCCACCUCCUCGACCUCGCCCGCGCCGGCUCCGUCGCCCACGCCCUCCACUGGUCCCCCCUCCCCGCCACCGCCACUACCUCCUCCUCCUCCUCUGCCGCCGGCGCCACCGUCCAGGCCAUCGGCGCCUCCCCCGAUCUCCUCUUCGGCAGCUUCGAGUCCUGCCGGAGGAACGCCAGCGCGAUCCUCGCCUUCGAUCGCAACACCUUCGAGCCCGUUGCCGAGAUCGGCCGCCGGGAGAUCUACGGCGCUGAGCUCGACUCCGCCAUUCCAGCCACGAAACUGAGCUGGAUCCACGGAUUCAACCUCCUGAUGGCCGCCGGAUCCCACGGCGGCCCCUCGGGUUUAUUGGGCAACAUCAGGUUGUGGGACGUAAGGUCCGGCGAGGCCGUGUGGGAUCUCAAAGAGAGUGCCGACUGCUUCGCCGACAUCACGGUUUCCGACAGCCUCUCGUCAUUGUUCAAGGUCGGAGUAAACUCCGGUGAGGUGUUCAUGGCGGAUAUGAGGAAACUUAGCGCGGAGGAGCCAUGGGUUUGCCUCGGCGACGCGAGGAAGGCGGCGACAGGGAGGAAGGAAGGGAGCGGAUGCCGAAUCGAGAGCCACGGGAGGCAGGUGUUCUGCAGCAGGGGAGGGGAGGUGGAGAUGUGGACGGAGGUGUUGAUGGGGCCGUCGACGAGGAGCCGCGAGGAUGGAUUAAAUGGGGAGAGGAUCAUGAGAAGGAAUAUGAUGGGGAGGGCCAAGGAUGGAGGAGCGAAGAAGAUAACGCUGCUGGGGUUUGGAGGGAGUAGGAUGGUGGUGGCGAGGAAGGAUGAGCAGUGUGUGGAGGUGUGGGAGAGCUCGGCUUGGAGUUGACAAGGUGGCGAUCGGGUCUCUCAAUUGUGCGGCUACUUGUUCCUUUUGGAUUUUGGCUUCAGUCCCCCCCCCCCCCCAAAAAAAAAAGCUUGGAGAAAAGCAUCAGGUGUGAUUACAGGUGUGAAUACUUAGAGAUUUGCUGUUGCAGGUCCAAACCAACAGCUAAACAGAGCUGAGGAAGAAAUGCGUGUAGAACUAGAGCCAAGCACUUCCCUGCAACCCAACAGAUUGCAGUUCUUGUAUUCUUGUCACUGUUGUGAGGUGAUGGAGAUCGAUGGGGUGGUAUAAGGACACUAAAUACUUCGUGGAGUUACAAUGCUAGUUAUUCAGUUAUACGUUGGGUGAAGUUGUAGCUUUGUUGCAUGGAAAGAUUUUUCUUCAUGGAGUUUGUUUUCA